AUGUUAAGAGAAAAGAGGGAAUUAUUCAGAGUUUAAAUCAGAAAAGAAAAAAAUGAAGAGAUAUUCACAAAAAAAAGAACUAAUAUCACAUUAUCAAUUCACUUGGAUUUUCCCAAGGUCGAUUAUGAUCAAUUGAUAUCUAAAUAAAAUCUCCCUCAAUGUAUAGAAAAAUUGGAUUAAUAUCUAUCGUCCAAAAUAGAAGUCCAUCCUUAAAUUAUUAAUGAUCUAUUGUAUAUUAUUUUACUAAAUAGGCCUGGAGCUUAACUCACAUUUGAUUUAUUAUAAUAUUUCCCUUAAGAGUGUUCUAAAUUUUUAACUAAUUUCACCUAUCACAUGAAAAGAGAAUAGAUGUUAUAAUUGUUAAGUCACAGUUAAAUAGUUUAUUUGAAUAAUCUCUUGAAUGGCAGUUCAGAUGAAUUAAAAGAAAAUGUAACAACAUUAUUCUUAAACUAAAUAGUUGACUAAAAUUGUAUGCAAUUUUAUAGUUGAAUUGAAUUCAGAUGAAGCCUUAAACUUAGCUUAAAGCUUACAACUACUAACUAACAUCUGCUAUAGUUACACAACUCAUGGGUGUCAUAGAGAAUUGAGCAUGAAUUAUCUCAGAAUUAUUGCUCAUCUAUUCUUUAAUAAUUACAAAGAACAAAACAUGGAAUAUGUAUUAAGUAUAAUAGAUAAAAUCUCACAAUGUAAAGAAGAUGAUGCUCUCUAAUUAUAAUCAUUUAAAACAAUGAGAGCAGUUAUAGGAUCAAUUCAUAUCAACCAAUUUGAAAUUGUGAAUCAAUUUAAUUAAUAUUAAAUUAUUGAUGUUGCCUUAUCUGUUAUCAAUCAUAUGAUUUAAUCAUAAGAAAUUACUAAGUUAGCUAUUUAAGCCUUCAAAAUGUUAAAUGUAAUAAUAGAAAAGAAUAAGCAACUGAUGAAAGUAAAGCCUAUAUCAUAUGAAGUUUCUUCUAGAAAAAUAUCACCUAUUGACUUGCUAUUCCAAUACACUUUCAAGUAAUCUUAGUUGCAACAAAGCAAUAAUUAAAUUAAUUUAUCAAGGAUUGAUAUAAAUUAUUGAAAAUGACAAUAAUUUUGUAUUGAAUGAGCAAGAUCAAUGUUUUGAAAUACUUGUAACUCAAGUACAAAAUGCCAAUAAAUACCAUUAAGUAACCUAUCCACUUAUACUAGGAAUUUCCACCCAAUACUUGUAAUUUAAUAAUUUAACUAUUAAAGUCUCGAUACAAAGAAUCAACAAUCAUUGAAUUUCCAAUUUUAAAAUUGAUCAGCGAAUUCUAUUAAAAUGAAAACUAACUUAUUAGCAUUGAUGAUUAUUUGUAUAUUGCAUUUACAGUUCUAUAAACUGGAGAAAGUACUAACAAUUUAUUAGUUAGUGAUUUACCCUGAUCGGUAUGUUGGGGAAUUCUUAAAAUACUAGGGGGAAUCCAUAAUUUAAGAUAUCUAAAGAAAUACGAGUGAUUACGCACAUAUGUAGAUAAUUGAUGAAAUUAUUAAAAUGACAGAAUAUGAUGAGGAAUUAGAUUUUUAUGAUUGA